GCAUUUUCCACUCAAAUUUCAUCUCUUUCGUUCUCUCCGAGGAACGGACACCAAAGAAAGCUCAGCCGAAGCAUCAUCAAUGGCGGAGCCAUCUCCUCCCUCGCCGUCCCCUCCCAACCCCAACUACGUAGUCCCGCCCACGCUCCCCGGAGACCAGCCGCUCCCCUCGCCGCCGGGCUCUGACCCUCAGCCCCGGUUCCUCUUCCCGUUCCCGAAGCGGCCCUUCCUCCGGGUCACCUCCGAGUACGACAGCGACAGCUCCAUCUUCCUCCACAAAGUCUCCUGCAAGCUCUUCGAUAGCCUUGCCAAGCUCAAGCUCUCCUUCCAGAACAACAACAAGGGCGAGAUCGCCGAGCCCCAGGUGGCCUUCUCCUCCAAGUACCUGUCCAUACACUACGACGUGGAGGAGCAGAACGCCCUCAUCCGAUCCUCCUUCGAUGUCGGCCCAAGGCUGCACCUCCGAGCCACUCACGAUGUCAAGGCAAAACAAGGAGAGGUGGCGAUGGUUGCAGAUCUUGUUGAGCCUGGCUAUGCUCUUGAACUCUCAUCUCCUGUUCCAACAGUUGGUCUUCCAAUAGCAACCUUUAAGUUCCCACUUGGUGAAAUUUCAUUGCAAGAGAGGGAGAAGGGAGAGGAAGUGAAGAGAACACUGUCCGUAAAUGGGAUUGUCAAAGGUCAGGUUCUGAACGGGGUUUGCACUGCCCAAUACAGCGAAGAGGAACUGAAACUGAGAUACACAUAUAAGGAUGAGGAGAUGUCAUUCAUCCCAAGCAUUUCUCUACCCUCAAAUGCUUUAUCGUUUGCAUUCAAGCGACGGUUUGAUUCCAACAAUAAAUUAAGUUAUUGGUACAACUUCGAUACCAACUACUGGAGCGCAGUAUACAAGCACACUUAUGGGAAAGACUACAAAUUGAAAGCGGGCUAUGAUUCGGAGGUUCGUCUUGGUUGGGCAUCUCUUUGGGUUGGAGAUGAAGACGGGAAAGCCAAGAUGGCGCCGAUGAAGCUGAAGGUCCAGUUCAUGCUCCAAGUUCCGCAGGACGAUAUCAACUCAUCAGUUCUCAUGUUUCGUGUCAAGAAGAGGUGGGACAUAUGACUCAAUGAUUUGAGUUCCGGUGGAUGCAGAAGCUGAUUGCCAUAUUCGGGAAAGCUUCUUUACCGCGUAGAGUAAGGUUGGGAUGAAUGUACCAGAAAUCGGGUUAGAUGCGACGGGAUGCUCCUAUGUCCUACUGUAAUUGUAGUGGACACAAAGUUGGUAAUGGCAGCAGUUAAAAAAUUUCCUUCUAUAGAAGAAAUUUACCGAGUGAAUCUUUGAAUUUGUGCAAGAAUUCCACUGUAUAAAUUAAAUUCUCUCUA